AUGGAAUACAAUACUUUAAUAUUUUUUGUUAAUUCAAAAAAAAUAGAAUUAACUAAUGUUAAUAUUACUAAGACACUAGCUGAUUUUCUGAGAAAUGAUUUAAAAUUGACAGGAACAAAAAUUGGUUGUAAUGAAGGUAAAUGUGGAAGUUGUACAGUAAUGGUAUCUGAAAUACAUCCUAUAACUAAUAAUAUAAAACAUUAUUCUAUUAAUGCUUGUACAACUUUUAUUUGUUCACUUUUUGGAAAAGCUAUAACAACUAUUGAAGGAAUAACAGAUAUUGGUAAAAAACGUUUACAUGCAGUUCAAGAACGUCUUUAUCAAGCACAUGGUAGUCAAUGUGGAUUUUGUACUCCAGGAUUUAUUAUGGCAAUGUAUACAUUAUUAAGAAAUAAUCCAAAUCCAAAAAUUGAAGAUAUCAAUGAUACUAUUCAAGGUAAUCUUUGUCGAUGUACAGGAUAUAGACCUAUUCUUGAAACAUUUUAUUCUUUUUCUACUGAUUAUUAUAAUAAUACGAAUACAAAUUGCCCACUUGGUGAAAACUGUUGUAAAAAUAACAAGAAUGAAAAUGAAAUAAUUAUUGAAAGAAAAGAUUUAUGUACACUUUUUGAUUUUAAUAAUUCUUUACCGUAUAACGAUCAUCAAGAACCUAUAUUUCCACCAGAUUUAAAUGUUAACAACUAUCAUAUAAAAAGUUUUAUAAUGAAAAAUGAUAAUUCUAUUUGGUUUCAACCAACAACAAUUAAUCAGUUAAAAGAGAUAAUAAAAAAAUUUCCAAAUUGUCAAAUUGUUUGUGGGUGUACUGAUACAGUCAUAAAAAAACGAUUUCAAUUUAUUGAAUUACCUAUAAUAGUUAAUAUUAAACAGAUUGAUACAUUUAUGAAAGCAUAUAUUGAUGAAAAAGAAGAAGCAUUUUAUAUUGGGUCAAAUUUAACAUUAACUGAUAUAGAUGAAACAUUAAAAAAAUGGAUUAAUGAGAUACCUUCUGAAAAAACAAAAAUAAUAAAAAGUAUCUCAGAAAUGAUACAUAAUAUCGGUGGAAAACAUAUUAGAAAUUCAGCAACAAUUGGAGGAAAUAUUGCUAUCUGUUCACCAUCUUCUGAUUUAAAUAUUAUCUUGUUGGCUGCAGAAGCAAAAAUAGAAAUUAUGUUUAACAAUGAAAUAAGAAUUAUAAAAAUUGAUGAAACAUUUUUUGAACAGUACAAAAAACUUUUUAUUCAAAAUAAAGCAAUAAUUAAAGGUGUUUGGAUACCAUUUUCAGAAAAAAAUUUACAUUUUCAAGCUUACAAAAUGUCACAAAGAAAAGAUAAUGAUUAUGCAAUUAUAAAUUGUGCAUUCUCAUUGGUGAUUGAAAAUUUUAUAAUAAAAAAUGUUAAAAUAUGUUUUGGUAAUGUUGGUCUAAAAAUAGUAAUGGCUUGUAAGACAAUGAUGAUGAUUAAAGAUAAAUGUUUUGAUGAUAAUUGUUUAUAUAAUGCUUCUAGAUCAUUGGUAAAAGAAAUGAAUGUUUAUCUUAAUGAUGUUCCAAGAACAAAAAAAUUUAAAUUAACAUUGAUUGUAUCUUUAUUUAACAAAUUUUUUAUGGAAGUUAAAAAUACUUAUGUGACAACUUCAGAUACUAAUAUGCAAAAAGAAUUAAGAAAUUUUAGCCCAUCUCAAAUAUAUUAUUCUCCUCCAGAUAGUCAAAAAACUAGUGAUAGUGUUGGUUUAACGAUACCACAUGUAAGUGGUAAAAAACAUACAACUGGUGAGGCAAAAUAUGUUGAUGAUUAUUCAAUUUCAAAUUGUCUUCAUAUAGCUCUUGUCUUAUCUCAAGUAAGUUGUGGUAAGAUAAAUUUUGUUGAUCCAAGUAAAGCUUUAAAAGAAAAAGGUGUCAUUUGUUAUAUUGAUAAAAAUGAUAUACCUUCUAAUACACGUAUUGGAUUUGGUGAUGAAUUGAUAUUUGCUGAGGAUGAGAUAUAUUCUCAUGGACAAGUAAUUGGUGCAAUAAUUGGUGAAAGUCAUGAUAUUGCCAGAAAAGCUGCAUCAAAAGUUGAAAUUGAUAUAAAACCAAAAAAACCAAUUAUAACAAUAGAUGAUGCAAUAAAAUAUGAAAGUUUUCAUAAUUCAGAUAAUUUAACAUUUCAUAGUUCAUACCUUGAAAAUGAUAAAAUAAUUGAUUUUAAUUAUAAUAACAAUGAUUAUUUAACAGUUAAAGGUAGUGUAUCAGUUGGUUCACAAGAACACAUGUAUUUAGAAACAAAUCAAGUUAUUGUUAUUCCUGGUGAGGAUGAUGAAUUAGAUAUUAUUUCAUCAACACAAGGUCCAUCUAAUGUUCAACAAGAAGUUUCUAAUGUAUUAAAUAUACCAAGAAAUAAAAUUUCUGUUAAAGUUAAAAGAAUUGGAGGUGGAUUUGGUGGAAAAGAAAGUCCGUCAUACUUAUUAGCUGUAAUUGCUUCAAUAGCAGCAAAUAAAUUAAAGAGACCAGUAAAAUUAGUUCUAGAAAGAUGUGAUGAUAUGAUAAUGUCUGGAAAUAGACAUUCAUUUAAAUUUAUUUAUAAAGCUGCUAUUUCAAAAGAUAAAAAAUUAAAAAGUAUGGAUGUAAAAUGUUUUACAAAUGCUGGUUGUUAUCUUGAAUAUAGUAAUUUAUUAGUUAUCAGAACAAUGUUAACAAUAUCAUCAAUAUAUAAAUGGGAUAAUACAGAUAUUUAUGGAUAUUUAUGUAAAACUAAUAUAUCAAGUAAUGGAGCAUUUAGAGGUUUUGGUGCACCACAAGGAAUGUUUUGUGGAGAAAUAAUUCUUGAGAAUUUAGCUGAAGUUCAUAAGAUUGAUAUAAAUGAAUUAAGAGAAAAUAAUUUUUAUGUUGAGGGUAAUAAAACUAAUUAUGGAAUGAAAUUAGAAAAAUGCAAUGGUUUACGUUGUUGGAAAGAAUGUCUUGAUAUGUCUAAUUAUAAUGAAAGAUUACAAAAUGUAAAAAAUUUUAAUAAAUUAAAUAAAUUUAUAAAAAAAGGAAUUUAUAUUGUUCCAACAAUGUUUCCAGUUGGUUUUGGUUUAAAAACAAUUAGUCAAGCAGCUUCUCUUAUUAAUAUAUAUAGUGAUGGAUCAAUACUUGUUAGUCAUGGUGGUAUGGAAAUGGGACAAGGAUUACAUACUAAAAUUAUUCAAAUUGUUUCAAGAUGUUUAGAGGUACCAAUUGAUAAAAUUACAAUACGUGAAACUAGAACAGAUAAUGUUCCUAAUACUACACCAACUGUUGCUAGUUUAGGAAUUGAUUUAAAUGGUGGUGCUGUAAAAAAUGCUUGUGAAAAAAUUAUGAAGUUAUUAGAGCCAAUAAAAGAAAAUAAUAAAAAUGGUAAAUGGGAAGAUUGGAUAAAGAAAGCAUAUGAAAGUAGGAUUCCACUUAGUGCAACUGGAUAUAGUAUUAUUGAAACAGAAGACAUUGAUUUUACCAAUAAAAAUAUAGCAAAUUCAUAUAGUUAUUGUGUUUAUGGUGCAGCAUGUAGUGAGAUUGAACUUGAUUGUUUAACUGGUGCUCAUAAAAUAUUAAGAAGUGAUAUUGUUAUGGAUAUUGGUGAUUCAAUAAAUCCAGCAAUUGAUAUUGGACAAAUUGAAGGUGGAUUUAUACAAGGUUAUGGUUAUUUUACAAUGGAAGAAGUAAAAUUUAAUGAUAAUGGAAUUAGAAUGUCUAAAAAUUGUAGUACAUAUAGAAUACCAACGUCUAAUGAUAUACCAAAAGAGUUUAAUGUAAAAUUACUUAAAGGAUCUUCUAACAAGAAGGGAAUAUUUUCAUCAAAAGCCGUUGGUGAACCACCAUUAUUUUUAGGUUCAAGUGUUUUUUUCGCUAUCAAAGAAGCAAUUAAAUCAUAUCGUAAAGAUAACAAUAAUUUUGAUUUUUUCAAUAUGAAUGCUCCAGCAACUUGUGAAAAUAUUAGAUCACUUUGUAUUGAUUCAAUAACUGGAAUUGUAGAAUCAUCUCUUAGUGACGGUGAAAACAUGUAA